UGCACUGCAGCUGUGAAAAUGCAUGAUGGUGAAUUUUAGAUAAAAUCUAUCUUUAAUUUACACAGACAGAAGUUUUAAUUGUUGGAGUUGUAUUCAGUUUGGUGUUCAUACCAGGUCUGUAAAGAGGAAAAGUAAUAAAAUGGCUGCAGCAUACGGUUUUCUGUCAACUCCAGCAAAGUUACCAAAGCAGUGGCAACCGAAGCUGCAUGAGUGGAGUGUUUACCAUUCAAGUCAUCCAGAUGUUGCAAGGGAUGGUUGGCGUAAAUGGAGUGGAGACAGACCGGACUGGUAUGCAUGGAAGUCGUCGUCUAAAAAUCCAGACUGGUACAGACGUAAUGUGAACACCAUCAGACGAGCUGACUACAAGAACAUUAACUGGGUAUACGAGUAUCCGUCCAAACCUACAAGCAGAGUCCAUGAUGAUUUUAUUUCCGUAACUAAUGAAGUCAUGCAGAAGGACAUGUUGAAACCUAUGCCACCAAACAGGGCGUAUUCCGGGUGCACUACACAUCCAAAACCAGACCCAAUCCCGAAAGAAGUGCCAGUCCCGAAAUGGGGUCUAUAUAACCCCCCACAUUAUGAAGAGCCAAUCAGAUAUAAUCAUUUUCCACCUAUAAAAUACAACGGAUACAAGUAGAGAAAAAUUAAUUAAAACAUGAACAUUUUUUCUUAAAAUAUAUGUUACAGUUCAAGCAUUAAAAUCUGUAUAUUUCGUGCUGCAGCAAAUUUUUUAUCUCUGUUAAUCCUCUUUUCUUCCUCUUCACAAGUACAGUUUCAUAACUUUUAAGUUAUUAUAUUAAUAUUAUUGUUCCAUUGUAAAAAAAAAAUAUUUUCAAGUUUAUAUAUUUAAAUUGUAAGAACAGUGCCCCUUGAACCUUUAUAUUUUUAAUGCUCAAAUAUUGUAUUUCAGGUUUUACUUUGUAUUUGAAAUCAAGAGCUUUGAUUGCAUAUUGUUUUUAGACAAUUUUAAAUCUAAAUUUUGGGACAUAUUUAAGGCAAUUUGGAUCUUGUAAUCUUAUUCUUUUCAGUAACAUUUUAGGUAACUUAUAAUACCUUGCCAAUUAUAUUAACUGAAUCUCAAGUUAAAGUUAUUUGUUAGUGGCAUGACUUACUGGUAACAUUAAAGGUAAGGAAUUUUAUAAAAAAAAAGUAAAUUGUAUUAAAAAUACUGCUGUUUCAGCUUUAUAAACAGCACAGUUUUAUAUAUAAGUACUUGUUUGUUUAUAUACUGCCGAAAAAAACUACUUUAUGUCUAAUUCUAAUUGCAGCCCACUAUCUCUGCCGUAAUAAAAACAUUUGUUUGUAACUUCUAAAAGGUGCAUUAUAACUGUUUCCAGUUUGUUUGAUGUUUUUGUUUUGUUUUUUUGUUAAAUUUUAUCGAUUUUGUUAUACAUGAAACACGAUUUGGCCAUUUCGUUUUUAUCUUUGUUAAACAAGUUAAUGUGUCUGUGUUUUUUCUCUUUAUUUAAAAUAUAUUUACAAUGUUUACACAAAUUAUUUAUAUACAGUUUUGUUAUGGUUUUGGCUUAAGGAUUAAACCGUUUGCUCAAGCAAAGAAAAAUUAUAUAAAUUGUUUAAUUGACUUAUUUUAUUUAUACACUAGAGUUUUGCUACAAUGUUUACUCUUUAAGACUCGAGUUAAAUGCAGAAGUGAAGAACGUCUUUAAAUUGUUUAUCUGCAUAUUAUUUGUCUCAAUUUUACAUUUUAUGCAAGUAUAAAAUUGUGUUAUUUUUCUUCUAACACAAGUAAAAUGCUUUUUUUUUUUUUUUUUUUAAUUUUUCGUUUCUACCAUAAGCAAAGGUAGCUAGAAUGAAUUAUUAUCAACGUAUCUGCUCUGCUUAGUAACUGUCAAAUCAUUGUUUCGCUUGCAUAAAAUUUCGUUUUUCAUUUUGUCUAAAAUGACUUUUAUAGGGAUUAUAUCAUGGAUAUUGUGUUUCAAGGAUGAUCUAAAAGGAAAUUUUCUUUUUUAAUUAAGUCAGAGAUAGGAUUUAAUUUUGCAAAUUUACUCAAGCAUGAAAUCCAUGAAAUUUAGUCACUAAAAAUAGCAAUGAUUUGACAGUAUAUAACUUACUGUUGGACAAUGAUUAAAACUCUUUUUAAGUUGAUGGAGAAAAAGGUUGAAAUGCAUACCGGUAUUCAGUUGUACAGUCAUUCUUUGUUGACUUGAAUAUACUUGUUAACCACAAAUGAAAUGUGUGCAUUGCAACAUUUUUUUAUACUUUUUUGUUAUUUACUGUCUUCAUCUUUUUUUUAUUCACAUUAACUCUAAACAUAAUGUGAGCAUAAUAAUCACAAACUAUACAAUCUGGACUUUCUGUUUCUAUUUAAUCACCUUAUUUUGUAUCUUUCUUAUAAACAUGAUAAAGAAUAAAUUAAAAGUAUCUUAAAAUGAA